AGCUAGGAAGCUGCUUGCAUCUAAACAGUUAUGGCAAAACAUGCAGUGUUGUCAUCUGGAGCCAAACUGUGGAGGUCUCUGGCUUGUUUAAAGUCAGAGCUUCGCCUGGAUCUCACUCUUUCCUGUGGACAGUCUUUCCGCUGGAGAGAAACUGCAGGAGGUCACUGGACUGGAGUGAUGGGAGGACGAGUUUGGACUUUGACUCAAACAGAUGACACUAUUUGGUACCAUGUUUACAAAUCCCAGGACAGCCAAGGAGAUAGAAGUGACAGGAAGAGAAAAGCUAGUGGCUCUCUUGAAAUGAAAAACAUAUCUGAGAAGAGAUUUAAAGGAGAUGUGAAGAAGGAAGAUGAAGAGCCUGUUGCUGUGACUUUAGCACAAGACACCAAAGAGGAAGAAGAGCUGCUGAGAGAUUACUUCCAGUUAAAUGUUCAAUUGGGUGACCUGUACAAGGAGUGGGGAACAGCAGACCCCCAUUUCAAGCGCAUUGCAGACAUCUUCACAGGUGUAAGGAUGCUGCGACAGGACCCCACUGAAUGCCUGUUUUCUUUCAUUUGCACCUCCAACAACCACAUUUCUCGAAUCCAGGGGAUGAUAGAGAGGCUAUGUCAGGCUCUUGGUGACCCAUUGUGCCAACUAGAUGAAACCUCUUACUACAACUUUCCUUCACUUUCUGCGCUUGCAGAUAUCAGCGUAGAGGCAUGUCUGAGGGAUCUUGGUUUUGGAUACAGGGCUCGUUUCCUUCAGCAGAGUGCAAAACAGAUUUUGGACACCCAUGGACACGAUUGGCUCGAUGGUUUACGCAACGUCCAAUAUUUGCAAGCGCGGGAUGCUCUGCGCACUCUACCUGGUGUGGGCACCAAGGUUGCAGACUGUGUAUGUCUGAUGUCCCUAGAUAAGCCAGAGGUUGUCCCCAUAGACACACAUGUGUGGCAGAUUGCUAAACGUGACUACAGCUAUGCUUCAGGGAAUGGACAAAAGAGCAUCACAGAUAAACUUCACAGGGAUAUUGGGGAUUUUUUCAGAAAACUUUGGGGUCCUUAUGCUGGUUGGGCUCAGUCAGUUUUGUUCUGUGCUGACCUUAAAAAGUUUCAAAAGCUGAAAGAAGUACCACAGCUGAAGAAAGAGGAAGACUGCAAGGAAGAAAUGAGAGCGAUGUGCAAGAAAACAAAAAUCAAGAAGGAGAAAAAUGGAAAUGUGAAGAGCAUCAAAACAAAGUCAGCAAAGAUCUCUGUGUAAAAUGGGAGAGUGGUAAGAGAGGCAAACACUUCUGCACUGAUCUAAAAAUAAAUUUUUAAAACCUCUUUUAAAAAUGAGCUUGAAUGAAAUAAGUAGAAGAUGUAUUAGUCGGUUUCAUGGUAUAGAAAAAAUGAAAAAAUAUAUUCUCAGGGCAUCUUUACACAUGUUUGUGUCUCUUUUUGUGAAUUCUGCCAUGUCUUAUUGUCAGUGCAAACACUUUAAAUGUA